CCCGCCAGCCCAGCGGAAGCUGUCAAAUGACGCGAGUGGCGUCCUGGAGCAGUAAGAGCGGGACUUUGAUUUUCUAUAAUAGCAGAUUUUUUGAUUUUUUGAUUGGACAUGGCUCUACAGAUUGAAGCAAAUUUACCACGUGGCUUUGCAUGCCUGAAAAAUGUUGACACCCUGCUUCGAUGUCCCAUUUGCUUCGACUUUCUCAAUAUUUCAAUGAUGACAAAAUGCUCUCACAACUUUUGCUCUUUGUGCAUCAGAAAGUUUUUUUGCUAUAAGUUGCAGUGUCCAGUUUGCAAUACACAAGCAACUGAACAAGAUUUAAGAACUAACCGUUUAUUGGAUGACUUGGUCGUGAACUUUCAAGCUGCAAGGGAACAGUUGUCCAAAGCAAAUUGUGAUUCUCCUCCGAUGUCGCCAAGAACCCCAGCUUCAACUGUAAAAUGCAAAGCUCAACGGGGCCAGAAGGGCAAAAGCUCUGUUUUGAGUCACUUUUUCCAAAAGCGGCCUAAAACAACUCCCACUAAGCAAACCCAGCAAGAUGGUUCUGUUGCUCAGUGUGCUCAGCGGACAAAAAUACAGAGUGCGUGCACCGACAAUGCAAAUGACGCUGACCCACAUUCAGCAACUGAUCAACUUCCAGUGGUUGUGAAGGAAGAGCCCAUGGAUGAGGAGGAGGCAUCUAUCCAGGGUUUGAUGUCGGUCAAACAGGAAGCUGGAGUCUCUCACAGUUGUAGCACCGGGUUUGAGGCGGCGCAUUCCUCAUCACCAUCAAACGAAGUAAAGCCAGUGAUCAAAGUGGAGUGCCCUGUCUGUUCUGUCAGUGUACCACAGCAGUUUAUCAACAAACAUCUGGACACCUGUCUUACCAGAGGAGAAAAGAAAGACAGUUUGAGAAGCUCCCCUGGCAACGUGAGGCGUCCCAUGACAAAGCUUGUGUACAACCUGCUUUCAACGCUAGAGCUAAAAAGGAGGUUGAAGGAUUGCCAUCUUUCAAUGCAGGGUUCUCGAGAUCAGCUGAUCAAAAGACACCAGGAGUUUGUCCAAAUCUACAAUGCCCAGUGUGAUUCCCUGAACCCCAAAUCAGCCGAAGAUAUUGCCAAAGAGUUGGAGGCCAACGAGAAGAUUAAGAAUCAACUCCAAGGGAAAACAAAACCUGUCAUGGUUUUUGUGAAGAAUCAGUCCGAGAAGGAGAUUGAUGAGAUGCAUUCAAAUUACAGGAAGCAGCACAGCAGUGACUUUUCCCGCCUGAUUUCCCAGGUACGGUGUCGCCUAGAAACCAACAGACAGACUCGUACCAAACAGAAAGUCAUUGUGGAAGAAGAUACACAAAAAACACACACUGCAGAUCAAGUUGCAGAAUCAAAAAGCUGCUUAGUGAUGAAGGUAGAAGGCACAGAAUCUGAUACUGAGUCAUCUGCAAGAAGGAUUGAAUUGUCGUCCAGCCCCACCUAUAGUGACGUGUCCAUCAGCAGUUCUAUUUCUGACAUCUUUGGUCCGGAGCCCACCCAACACCCAGAAGACACAGAGAGGACCUCAGUCAAAAAGCGAACAUCCAGCAUGAGAGGAGACGACGCAGCUUCCUCACUCGUCAGUAGAAAACGACUGCGCAAGACGUAAGGAGUUGGAGGCGCAGAGAGGAAAUUAUUUCUCUCCUGCCAAUCAAUAGUGAUAAACUCUCAAGUUCAAGCGCAACAAGAAGCUUUUUGCAUAUGUCCAUUUCAUUUUUCCGAAGUUAGACUUUUCAUCAUGUGUUGUGUUAGGAAUAGUCAGUAUUUCAACAUACUUUGUGGUCUUCCAAGAACAACUGUGGACAAUUCAUCAGGUUACUUUAUUCUAACACUACCUUGUUAGAAUUGAGUUUUUACGUAUACUAAUUGCAUUUUACGUUUACUAAAUGCAUUUUUAUUUUUUGUUUAUAUAGUACAUAAGCAAACAUAUCCAGCGUUCCAGUCAAUUCAUAUUAUUCUAUUUAAUUUAAAUCCACAUAUUGUUUUUGUCUUUUUCAUUUCUACCAUUAUUUUCUUAACCUUAUUUUUGUUCUCUAUCAUGCUAUAUGGUCCAAUGUAAUAUUCUGUUUAAAUUUAAAUAAACCUGUAAUGGCAUUUGAACAUUUUUGGGGUUGUAU